UGAUUCAGUCAGAUCCAGUUACUUGUUCUAGGUUUUUUGACCAUAGAGUUCAGAAUUUUAUAAAUACGGUUCUUAAAAGUGAUCAUAAACCAUUAGGUAAAGUGACAGAUUAUUUUUAUAGGGUUGAAUUCCAACAACGUGGAUCUCCACAUAUUCAUAUGAUUGUGUGGGUAGAAAAUGCUCCAAAAUUAAAUGUAGACUCAAAUGAAGAGAUAGCAGCAUAUGUGGACCAAUACUUAAAAUGUUCCAUUAACAAUGAAUUUGUAGGGGCCUUGGUAGACAUCCAAAUCCAUAAACAUUCAAGAACGUGUAGAAAAAAACAAGAUCGUAUAUGCCGUUUUGGUUAUCCAUUACCACCUCUGCAAAAAACAAUGGUGUUAUUUCCACUUGAAAAUGACAAGGAGAAAUAUCUCAAACAAUAUGAAAAAAUUCAGAAAAAAAUGAAUGAUGAGAAACAUGGAUAUAAUAUGUCUUUUGAGAAUUUUUUGUCAGAUAUUGUACAGAUGAAUGAGGAUGAUUAUAUUAAAUGCAUUAGAAGUUCAUUAAAUUCUCCCAAGGUGUUUUUGAAAAGAAAUCCAAAUGAGAUACGUGUAAAUUUAUACAAUGACGUAGUAUUGAAAGCAUGGAAAGCAAAUACUGACAUACAAUUUGUCUUGGAUCCAUAUGCUUGUGCCAUGUAUAUUGUUUCAUAUAUAAGUAAAUCACAACGUGGUAUGAGUAAUCUUAUGUAUGCUGCUGCAAAGGAAGCAAGAAAUGGCAACCUAGAUAUAAAAAGGCAAGUAAGACACAUUGGAAAUGUGUUUUCAAACAGUGUUGAAGUGAGUGCACAGGAAGCUGUCUAUCUAGUUUUGCAAAUGCCCUUGACCAGAAGUACAAGAGAUGUUGUAUUCAUAAAUACGUCUUUACCCAACCAAAGAGUACAAUUGUUAAAACCCAAGUCUGAUCUUGAUGAGUUGCCUGCAGACUCGACUGAUGUCAUGUCAGAUAAUGUGAUAAAAAGAUAUUCAAAACGUCCAAAGGCUCUAGAUAACUAUUGCUUAGCUGAUUAUGUGUCACAAUUAGAAGUGGUUUACCCAGAUGAUAAAAAAAAUAUAGGUAAUUCAGAACAAAAUGAUGAUGAAAAUUUUGCUGGAAUGUCAGAUGAUGAAUAUUUUGAUGAUUGCCAAAACAUUAGUAUACUGAAAAGUGGUAUAAAAAUCAGAAGACGCCGUAAUUCAAAAAUCAUAAGGUAUGUAAGAUUUAAUAAAAAAACAGAUGAAGAAAACUAUUAUAGAGAAAAACUACUUCUUUUUUAUCCAUGGAGAAAUGAAGAAAAAGAUUUACUUGGACAUUUUGCAACAUACAAAGAACAGUAUGAAUCAGUCCAAAAUGCUGUAAAUGAAAAAUGUGCAUGUUAUGAACAUCAUGUUGAUGAGUUAGAAUUAGCAAGAAAUAUGGCUGAAGCAGAAUAUAAUGCAUAUGAUGAAAUUGCUCCUGGAACUCAGGAAGAAGAAGCAGAAACUGCUGAAGAAGAACCAGUAGAGUCAGAAACAUUUAUAUAUUUCAAUCCUGACAGAGUUAGUGAACAAAGAGAAUAUGAUAUUGGCAUAGAAAUUGGAUGUUCCAUUUCAUCUGCGCAAAUCAGUUCUAAUGAAAAUAUGUUACCAGAUGAAGAGUACAGAGCUCUUCUGCGUUCAUUGAACUCAAAACAGAAAGAGUUUUACAAUCAUGUUGUUCACUGGAUAAAAACAAAAGAUGCACCUUUAUAUACAUUUCUUUCUGGUGGUGCUGGUGUUGGUAAAAGUGUUGUUAUAAGAGCAUUGUAUCAAACACUAUAUAGAAUGCUUAAUUUGAAAGAAGGGGAAAAUACUGAUGAUAUAAGGGUACUCUUGUGUGCAUAUACUGGAAAAGCAGCUUUCAAUAUAAACGGCUCUACUAUUUCGUCCGCAUUUAAGCAGAAAUAUAAACAGUCUGACCAAACAUUAACAUGUGACAGCUUAAAUACAUUCAGAUCCAAAUAUCGAGAUUUAUCUGUUGUCAUAAUUGAUGAAAUUUCAAUGGUUAGUAAUACUAUGAUGAGUUUCAUAAAUCAGAGACUUCAAGAAUUAAAAGGUACUCGCAAACCAUUUGGAGGUGUAAGCAUUAUAGCAGUGGGAGAUUUAUUCCAAUUAAAACCUAUAAAUGGUGGUUGGAUAUUUAAUGAUUUAAGUCAUGAUGCUGCAUCUUUGUCCAUGAACUUAUGGAAAGAACUGUUUGUUAUGUAUGAGUUGUCAGAAGUAAUGAGACAAAAGGAUGAUUUACCAUUUGCAGACUUAUUAAACAGGCUGAGAAUUAACUCACUGACAACAGAAGAUAAAAUGGUCCUUAAAGGUUGUGAAGUUGAAUCCAGUGCUAAGAAUUAUCAAGUUAACUCCCCACAUCUAUUUGCUGAAAAUUAUUACAUGCAUAUUUUCAAUGACACACUUCUAAACAGUUCAAACAAUCAAAAAGUAUCCAUUCUUUGUCAUGAUUCUGUUGUUUCACCAAAAUUAUCAAAGGAUAAACAAGAAGAGGCUAUCAAAAGAUUGCCCACUGAUCCAAACAGAACUGCUAAUCUUCAUUGUUCAUUGGAUAUUGUUGUAGGAAUGUUGUAUGAUUUAACAGUCAAUACAAAUACUGAAGAUGGCCUUGCAAAUGGUGCGUCAUGUGUUGUAAAGUUCAUAGAGUAUAAACUGAAGGAAACACAACGUCCUAGUAUCAUAUGGGUACAAUUUGUGGAUUUGAAAGCUGGUUGUGGAACUAGAUUAAAAUAUAAAAAUCGAGGCUUUUAUCACACACAAAUAAAUGAAAAUUGGACACCAACAUUUGAUAUCACAAGGACCUUCACAUAUAACAAAAAAACUUUUGAAAGAAUCCAGUUUCCAUUACAACCUUCUGCUGGGAGAUCAGUUCAUAGAGCACAAGGAACAACACUUGAUAGUGUCGUGAUUGACCUAUCCCAAAGAAAAACACGAAAAGUUCCUCACCUUCAUUAUGUUGCAUUAAGUAGAGUAAGGUCUUUAGAAAAGCUUCAAAUUCUCAAUUUUAAUGAGCAGGCUUUACAAGUUGAUGAACAAGUUAAAACAGAAAUGAAGAGAUUGCUUAAAGAUGCUUCUCUAGAAUUGUGUUAUGUUCCCUUGGAAUCUAUACAUGUAUUUUCAAAUAUGGAUUUUAAAAUUGCAUUCAACAAUUGUAGGUCAUUAAACAAGCAUUUCAUUGAUGUGAAACAUGACCAGGGAUUGUUGUCUUGUGAUAUUAUUGGAUUGGCAGAAACUAGAUUACAUGAAAAUGAUAAUGAUUCUUCCUAUCAGAUACAGGGAUACCAUUUAAUACGCAAUGACCAAUGUACUACAUCAACAUCUGAAAGACCUCCGCAUGGGUUACUUAUUUAUGUCAAAGAUGAUGUAUUAAUAAAAUCUGCAGACAUAUUUAGCUCCCAGAAUUUUGAAUUUGUUCUUCUGAAUGUUGCAAGAGAAUUAAAUGAAAUGCAAGUUGUAGUAUUGUAUAAAUCACCAAAAAUGUCUGAUUCUGCUUUUCGCACUGUGCUGACAGAGAAACUCAUUCCACAUUUGGUACCUCAUAAGCCUUUGGUUAUUCUAGGUGAUUUUAAUAUUGAUGUUUUAAAAUAUCAUAGGGGUGUUUUGCAGUAUUUGUAUGAUAAGCUUAACUGUAGAUUACGUCUUAAUGAACCUACAACUGAUAAUCUAUCAGCAUUAGACUUGAUAAUAACAAAUAUUGAUGCCACUGUGGGUACAGUAGAAACUUACUGGUCAGAUCACAAGAUUAUCUACUGCUGUACUGAAAGAAUCUCUACACAAUAAAAUCCGGUGCGAGCAAAAUAUUUACCCUCUUAAGAAUUAAAGAUAUGUAAUGUUAUAGUUUAAAUUUUAAACCUUCACCUUAUAACCUACUUCCAGUCAGAAGAUGUAUUCAGGGCCAUCAUGACCCUCUUGUUUAAUUUUGAUUUGCCACAUGAACACACAUAACCAUUUGUCAACAUAUUAUGACAACAAGAACUAGUGCAGAUUUCAAACUACGCUUUUCAUCCGGCGUCCGUCCGUAAACUUUUACUUUAAACGACAUCUCCUCAUAAACCACUAAGCCAAUUUCAUCCAAACUUCGCAGGAAUGUUCCUUUGGUGGUCACCUUUGAAAAUUGUUCAAAGAAUUUAAUUCCAUGCAGAACUCUGGUUGCCAUGGCAACCAAAAGAAAAAACUUUAAUAAGCAUGAAACAUGUUCUAGUGAGUGUCUACCAUGUUUGUUCAAAUAAAAUACCUGGGGUCAAAAUUGGCCCCACCCCGGGGGUCACUCCUUUUCCUUAUAUGUGUAUUACAAAAACUUAAAAAAAUCUUCUUUGAAAAAACUCAAAUAGCUAGAGUUUAGAUAUUAGGCAUGAAGCAUCUUCUAGUGAGUGUUUACAAAGUUUGUUCAUAUAAAAGCCCUGGGGUCAAAAUUGGCCCGCCCCGGGGGACAUUGAUUUUCCUAAUAUGUGUAUAGCAAAAACUUAAAAAUCUUCUUUGAAAAAACCCAAAUAGCUAGAGUUUAGAUAUUAAGCAUGAAAUAUGUUCUAGUAUGUCUCUACAAAGAUUGUUCAAAUAAAAGCCCUUGGGUCUAAACUGGCCCUGCCCCAGGUGUGUCAUUGUUUUUAACUAUAUGUGUAAAGAAAAAAACUUGACCAUGCAGCUAGACCUUAGAUGUUAAGCAUGAAAUAUCUUCUAAUGGGUGUCUACCAAGUUUUUUUUCAAAUAAAAGCCCUUGGGUUUAAACUGGCCCUGCUCCGGGGGCUUAUAUACAGGUGAGCGACUUCAGGGCCAUCAUGGCCCUCUUGUUUAAA